UCAUUCCUCUGUCGUAACCAUGGCACCCAGCAGACAGAAACUCGGCCAGCAGCUUGGGACCUGCAGCCACUGAAAAGUUGACCAGGAUGCCCACACAGUGCUGACACUGGGAGCAAGUGGACCUGUUUGGCUUUAGAGAAGGAAUUACCAAAAAUCGGAUUGGCCGACGCAUAUGGAUUAUUUGAUGGACGAAACUGAGAAGAGAUUUUUUAGUUUUUAACUUGUAAUUUCUUCACUAUUGAGUGUCUUUGCAUCCUGGUAUCGGUGACCAGGUUCUCCUCUGACCGGCACAAAACGGGGAAUAAUUACAUAGAGGAAAAGACGACCGCAACGCUGCUUUCAUCAUGAAACUGACUCAGCGAUUCAAACUGCUAAAACACUUCGGGUCUGUUCCCCCGGAGCUGCCACCGCUGCUGGAGGUGCCUAAACCAGGCAUGGAUGAGUUAACGAUAUGGGAGCAGCACACGAUAACACUAAACAAAGACCCAAAGGUGGGUUUUGGUUUUGCUCUGUCAGGAGGGAAGGACAAGCCUCACCCAGACACCGGUGACACGGCUGUGGUGGUGUCGGAUGUUUUGCCUAAUGGACCGGCCAUGGGACGCCUCUACCACAAAGACCAAAUUGUCAUGGUCAAUGGAGUUUCGAUGGAAAAUGUUCACUCUAACUACACCAUUCAGGUCCUCAAGUCAUGUGGCAAGACGGCAAAUGUUACAGUAAAACGGCCUCGAAAGAUCCAGAUCCCAGCCACCUCCAGGCCGACCAGGGCCUCCUCUCAGUCCAACCUGCUGGAUCAAGAUCCGCCGAGACGAGCGCGCCGCUACUCAGACGGCAGCGACAACAGGGAUGGCGGACGCUACAACAGCCGCUCCAGCCCCUCGCCUUAUGGCAACGGGCACGCAGGGACGCUGCCGCUGAUGUCCGGAUACAAGAAGCUGCCACAGAACCAAGCUCCAGACAAACCGAUCAAAACCACGCUGGUUAAAAAGAGAGCCACAGAUGAGUAUGGACUGAAGCUGGGAAGUCAGAUAUUUAUAAAGCACAUGACAGACAGCGGCCUGGCCGCCAAGGAAGGCACACUGCAAGAAGGAGACCUAAUACUAAAGAUCAACGGCAUGACGACGGAGAACCUUUCCCUCCUGGAGACCAAGCACCUGGUGGAGAAGAGCAGGGGCAAGCUGACCAUGACGGUCCUCAGGGACGACCGCAAGUUCCUGGUCACCAUCCCGGAGGUGGACGACAGCCCCCGAAACAGCGAGGACGAGCUGCGCAAGGGCAGCAGCUCAGAGCUGGAGGACAUUUCAGACAUUGAAGAGGACAUCGCCCCUCGCCGGAUUUCACGUCAACACACCCGAGAGAAACGAGCACACAGAACGAGAGCUGAGCCUCCGCCCCGAGCCAAGUCCAGGGAUCCAUCGCCUGUACGCUCCACACUGACCCGGCCUGCUCCGAAAACUUACGCCCCUCGCAGAGCUCCAUCUGAGUCUGAAUCGGACCGCAGCACUUCUCCUCCUGCCAGGAGAGAGAUUCCAGUAAUGAAGGACUCCAGCAAAUACAAAGCUCUUCCGGGAUUGGCUGCCCUCCCAAACCCACGAUCUUCUCCUGUGCAGAACUGGACCUUAACCCGUCCCUCCUCCUCCUCUUCAAAGCCACGUAAGCCGGUGUCUGAGUCCGACUCCGACCGUAGCGAUUCCCCACCUCCACGCAGAGAGAACGCCCUCCCAGACACCAGAUACAAAUCUCUUUCUGAUCUUCCCCAUAUUAGUCUGAAAUCCUCCCCCGUCACAGUUCGCCAAGAGCCACCAAGAAGAGUCAACUCUCCUGUGAGGAUCCCACCCCCAGAUUCUGAUUCCGAGUCGGACAGCACGCCGCCGCCUCCUCAGAGGCACAGCGCUUCGUACAGCCAGGACUCGAUCAGCAGAUACAGGACCUUGCCGGAGGUUUCUCUGCAGCCUCACGUCGAGCCGCCUCGAUGGAGCGAAACCAGCGAACUGCCAAAGAAAGCUAACUCAGACGCCGAGUCAGAUGCCAGUGAUGCAUCCGCGCCCCACAAGGACUCCUCAGGGGGCAGAAACUCAAACGCAGCCAAGGGGAGACGCAGAGUCCUGUCUAAGAAAGCAACUUCACUUUCUGCAAGGAGGGAGCCUUCGCGUCGAGUCAAAUCCCCGGCCAUGCCGCCUCCAGAUGAGUCCUCCGAGUCAGAUGAGCUUUCACACCUCAGGAGGUCUGGCAGCUCUGAGCGAGAGCAGGACCACCGCAGUGCUCCUCGUGUUCCUCGUGCUGCAAACGGAGGCGGCACCGUCCCGUCUGGGAUUUCAGUGAAUAACCCUCAGCUCUACUCCAAACCUGCAGAGGAGCCUCUUUAUUUUCUACCUCCUGACUCUUACCCAUCAUCUAAUCCUGAGUACAGCUCUGACAUAAACACAGUGAGGUUUGUCAAAGGGCGCAGUUUGGGCCUCAGGCUGGUGGGAGGCAACGAUGUUGGGAUCUUUGUGGGCGGAGUUCAGCCAAACAGCCCAGCAUAUGAGGAGGGAAUGAAGGAGGGAGACCAGAUCCUCAAGGUAAAUAAUGUUGAUUUUGCCCAUUUCACGCGAGAGGAAGCUGCCAACUUCCUCCUCAAUCUCCCAGCGGGAGAGCGGGUGGAACUGUGCACUCAGAAAAAGAUGGACCUUUACAAGAAGAUCAUCAAGUCCAACCUGGGGGACAACUUCUACGUCCGGACGCACUUUGACCACGAGGCAGAUAACCCCAAGGGUCUGAGCUUCACCAGAGGAGAGGUGUUCAGGGUCCUGGAUACGAUGUUCACUGGGAAGAUCGGCAACUGGCUUGCUGUCCGCAUGGGGAACGACCUGCAUGAGAUGGAUAAAGGAACCAUCCCCAACCAGGAGCGGGCAGAGAAGCUGGCCACCAUCGAGCGAACGCAGCGGUCCACUGUAGAAAGGCAGGGAACCGGCCCGAGAGCAGAGUUCUGGAAACUGCGAGGACUUCGUGGAAACAAGAAGAACGAGAAGAACAACAGACGGACUCGGGAAGACCUGCUGCAGCUCACCAUUCAGGGCAAAUUCCCGGCCUACGAGAGGGUCCUGCUCAGGGAAGCUAAUUUCAAACGACCAAUUGUCAUCCUGGGACCCCUGAAUGACAUCGCCAUGGAGAAGCUGGCCAAUGAGAUGCCUGAUGAAUAUGAGGUGGCAGAGAUGGUUCCACGGGGCAGCGGAGGAGACAGUAGCUCCACAGUUAUUAAACUGGACACUGUUAGGAGAAUAGCAGAGAAGGACAAGCACCCCCUGCUGGACAUCACUCCCACUGCAGUGGAGCGGCUGAACUACAUCCAGUACCACCCGAUGGUGUUGUUCUUGGACCCCCACAGCCGCAAAGACGUCAAGGCAAUGAGGCACAAGUACAAACCCGACUCCAGCAAGAGCUCCAGACGCCUCUACUCCCAGGCUGUCAAGAUGAGGAAACACGCCAACCACCUGUUCGCAGCUCAGAUAGACCUGCAGGCCGGCUCCCAUAAGUGGUACGACUCUCUGAAGCAGAGCAUCCGGCACCAGCAAUCCAAACCUGUCUGGGUGUCGGAGAUCACGCUGGAGAGCGGAGGGGUGCAGGACUUGGAUGCUCUGGACCCGACCCAGAUGGACUACCUGAGCGCUGCCAGCGAUCUGGAGGACACCGACGGAGAGGCCAUCACCGACGGAGAGGCGUACACCGACAACGAGGACCUGGAGGAGGCCUAUCCAGGUCAGGAAGCCGCCAGGUUCCCACAAAGCUCCCGGGGACCCGGCGCUGCUCUGGCCCGAUCGUCCGAACCCGCCUUAGAGUACGACACUCCAGCCGCUGAUGAAGAGCCAGGUGACUACGGCUAUUCGGACAGAGAAGUCCCACCGUUGAUGUAUGUGCCGGAGCCAAGGUCGGCCCGCCAGGAGGACUACAGCCCGCCCCAGAGCCCUGCUGAGCAGGAAGAGCCGUCUCAACGCAGCUUUACAGACUCUGACUUUGAUGGUCUCGAUGUAGACGAGCCCAACUCUCCCUCAGACGGACCGCCAGACUUUAUAGCCCCCGACCCAUCAAAUCGACAAUCGGUACGUGAGACAUCGUAUGCCGAUGAGCAGCCGGAGAUCUUCCAACCUGCCCCCCUGUCUGCUAUUGAGGAGAGACUAGAGCAGACGCGUGCGGCAGAACCACAGACCCAGCCUGAGGAAAGGAAAGGCCCGUCGUACAUCGUGUUGGCCCAUCACCACCAAGCAGUCCAGUACAGACGCACACAGAUCCAAGGCAGCGACAGCUCCGACGAGGACGAGUUUGACGAGGAGGAAGAGGCCGACGAUAUUGAAUGGGGUCCGGCAACUGAACUCUAGAUACUCGGAGGAUUAAAGCUGCCGACAGCUAAUCCAGGACAGACGAUAACUAUUUCACUCCUUUAACUUGUUGUUUUCUUAGAUUGUUGAAGUUUCUCUAAAGAGGGCGAUGUUGUUCAAUGUAUGACAACUUACCAAAAAAAAAAUGUUUCACUGAAAACAUUUUAGAUCAAAGUGCCUGUUUUUUGUUUUUCCUUUUUAUAUUUAUUAUGUUAAAAAUACUUAAAGCAACUCAGUCUGUUUUAACUGCUGUAAUGUACAAAUUCCAGGUUGUUUUUUUUUUUUAGAAAUCAUUAAGCAAAGCGAUGUUGACCUAACCCUAACCUACCCUUGAGACCAAUUAAGAAACCAGUUUUUAAACCUUUUCUACAAUAAACAGUUUUUUCUAAUUUCA